CUCAUCAUCUAAACAAAAUAUCAACAAUUGAGACAAAACCAGAAAGUAUGAGCUGCUAUGGAGAUCCAUUAGUGAUGGUCAUUGAGCAUCUACAGUGUUCCAUGUCCAAAGAUCUGCUCUGUAAAUUUCCAGACAAUUCAGCAUUCGAUUUUGACUAUACCCAGAGUUCAAUUUGGUCUCCUUUAGUACCACGACCGUUGUCGCCUCAUAGAAGGCUGUCUUACGAGGAUAUCUCGCUAGGUUGCAUUGGCGCAGCCAAUUUCAAGAAAGUGACGGCAAAAAUCAAGAGGAAGUUGUCUAAUGUUGUCACUGAGAAUAUUAGGGAAUGUCACAGGUUGAAGAAGAGAAAGAAGAAAGCUUUUGAUUUUAGUCGUCUACCAUCUUCAUCUUCAUCUGCUCCAACCCCACGAAAGGGGUGGGCUAAGGUACUGAAAGCGGCUUCGAAGCAUUUCAAGAAGAGGAACAACAAAAAAGAUUCCACAGGUGAUGUUAAUUUUCGCAAAUCUCUAGCUCAUGACAACAGCCUUUUGCGAAGUUCUACAUAUCCAUAGUUUGAGGGGUUGGCUUGGAGGAAGGGGAACAAGAGACAAGGGGCAAGGAAUCAUGGUCAAGAAAUUUUCUUGUUUCCUUUGAGUCUUUUACAAAUCUAGUGUUUGUAGUACCUGAAUUUCCACGGUAAUCAGCAAUUCUAUUAUGAUUGCUAGUAACUGGCUCUGCCCUGUACAAGUGUGAUUUCUUAAAUCUUAUGUAUUUCUUGUGCUACUACAAUUUAUUGAUAUAAAAAAUAUCAAAAAAUUGAAUCGGACUGAAUUAA